CAUCGUCCAUCAUUUUUCUCGUGCAUCGCAGAAAGAAAAACACGGCCUGGUGGUCCGCGGUGGUGCGUGUUAUCUCGAUUGUUGUGUGCUUUCCUUUUGCAAAUUCUACUUAUUUUCCGCGGUGAAAGCGUGAUUUUCAUACGUGCAAACUUUUCCUCGUGAUCUACCGGUGGUGAUGUGCCUGCAGUAAACAGGGACACCCCAAAAUGAUUGAACCCGAGCAACCAUCCAUCAAUAUCACGGAUAACAAUAAGGUGAUUGAUCAUGAGGAGUUCCUCAACCGCAUCAAGAAAACGCUGUACUACGGCUCGUCGACGGUGAAAUGCACCAAAAUAAGCCGCCCUCUGGCCGAUUACGCAGCGGACAUUUUCUCCGAAUCGCACCGCGGCCACUCGCUGAGCCGGCUGAACUUUGUCACCGUGGGCAAUCUGACGGUAACGCCCUGCUCGCUCAUCCUGGCCAUGAUCUAUCUGGACCGGUUGAACGUCGUGGAUCCGGCCUAUGCGCGUCGAAUUACCCCGUCGGAACUAUUCAUAGUGUCAAUGAUGGUGUCAACCAAGUUUUACUGUGGUUAUGAUGAGGACAUCUAUCUAAGUGCCUGGGCCGAAUCAGGAAACUUAUCGGUCAAUCACAUGAAGGAGCUAGAGCUUGAAUUUCUUGAUGCAAUUGGUUGGAGAGUGUACGUAUCGAAUCACGAAUUCUUCGAAAAGCUCAAAUCAGUCGAGAAGGUGCUCGCCAAGCGACAGGGUUUGGCACGCGGUUGGCUGACCUACACCGAGCUGAUCAACUUCCUUCCGACCAUGACACUGGCCAAGCAAAUCCUCAAUUACAGCACCGUCAUUGCAUUGAGUUACACCGCCAGCGUUAUGACCAUUGCAGGGGCCUUCUUCAUAGCUAGCAACGUUAAUGUACCUGGAAAUCUCUUGUUCCGUGGGACCACCGCCACCCAGCAAGCACAGAGUGCCGUCAGUUCCGCAGGCGAUGCUUCCGGUGGUGCUGUUAGUGAACCGUCCACGCCAAUGCAGCAGGACAAUUGCACUAGUGGAUGCCCCAUAUCGGCUGCAAAUCCCUCGGUGGAACAAUCUCUCUUACUAAAAGACUGCGAAUGCUCCCUGCAAAUGGCAAUCGAAAAAGCCCAACUGCUGAACCGAGCCGUUCACUUCAACGGAACACAUUCAAACUAUAAGGCUGAAUUUCAACCGCUUCCAGCGCAGCAAUUGGCUCCGAUCAUACGCAACUACGGAGCCACAAUUAGCUGGAAGAAGUUUCGCUUCAUGUAUCCGAUGAACAGCGAUGAAGAUGGCGGUGGCUUAAACGCUGAAGAGGAUGAAGAUGGCAACGAGACUGAAACGCUUUCGAUGGAAAUCGAACAUGGCAACCGGAACUGUACCUAUGAUGAAUUCAUUCCACUAUUAUCCUACGGAACAAGGCCACAAUGCGAUCUGGCGGAAGGAAACGGAAAGCAACCGGCGAGUCUUGUCUAUGAGAGCUACAAACGAACUUUCGAAAUGUUUAGUUCUUUUCUGAAAUUUUUAUAAUUUAUAAAAAUUUAUCCGUCGAAAAUGAGCUAACAUUUAUUUUUAUCAUUAAUAUGCUUUCCAACAAUCAGAACUUUUUAUGAUUUGUUUUAAUUAACAUUUCCAUUAAGAAACAUCAUUUACUAACCCCAAAAAAAGUAAUUUGUAGUUAGGUCAUAACGAGAAAAAAAACCAGAUCAUCCAAUCUUUUUUUCUGGCCUUAAGUAUUUAAUCCAUAAAAAGUACCUUUGCUACGAAAAUUCCAAUUCCGUUAUACCUAUUCAUUAGUUCUAAAUUGAAUUGAUGCUAUUCUGAAAUGUGAUUAACCGUUUAUUUUGAAUCAAAAUACAAAAUAUUUGCUACCGUAUGAUUGCACCGUAAA